AAAAAGUUUCGCGGCACGCAGUUUACGAUGAAGUUUACGCUAAACACCGUAACGAAAUGUUCUGGUCGAUUAGGCCUAUUAAGCGGCCUAGAGAGACUGCCUAAUCUAACACUUGAAACGCCAGCAAUAAUAUGCCACACAAAGGGCGGCAGCAUUCCACACCUCAGCAAAGAAGCCACCCAGUAUCUGGCCAAUGAUCCUUCGGCCUUCCUGCAGGUCAGUAUUUCCAACACCGUGCACAUGCAAGGUGCGCUCCGUACGACGUUUGCGGAAUUUAUCGCUCGCAAAGAAUCUGCCACACUGCUUGUGUUUCGCGAUCCUAGCGAAAGCCUUAUUCCCGGGGUGCCGGAGAAGGAAUCCGUACCCAUCUUUACCCGUUGCGGACGGCGGAACAUCGCCGUAGAGGAUUACAUGGCGCUGGUGGAAGCGUUCCGACCGGACGCGUACGUUCCACUGUACGAUGCCGACACGGAACCGGGCAGCUCCAAGAAACGUGAGCAAAAAUCCAUCGAUCGUACGGAAAAGUUUGUCGAGCAGUGCCUGCAGUGGCACCGGAAGUCGGACGUACUGCGUUCCUCCAGCAUCAUCGGGCCGGUAGUGGGCGGAUACAAUCCGAAGCUUCGUGAAAAGUCCGUAGAGUUUCUGCGUGCAGCUGAGAUCGAGUUUGGUGGUUACUUGAUCGAUGGGUUGCAUCUGCAUGGGCCCACGGUACAACACCUGAACGGACCGGCUGCGGUGUCCAUAGUAACCGAAGUUUGUAAGCAACUGCCGGAGGAAAAGGUGCGCUUUUGUUUUGGUGCAUUUGAUCCUCGCCUCGUGGUGGAGAUGAUUAUCGCUGGGGUGGACGUGUUCGAUACGAGCUACGUCUUCGUAAAGGCUGCCCAGGAACAUCGCGCGUUGAUUUUUUCUUUCGACGUUAAAGCACCAGCAACCACGGGAACGCAACAAACCGAACUGGACACAACCGAUGCGCGGUGGGAGGAAGAUUUCGAACCACUGUUGCCGGGAUGUACCUGCCACACUUGUCGGAAAUCAACCAAGGCGUACCUGCACCACCUGUACAACACGCGCGAAAUGCUGGGUCCUAUUUUGCUCAUGAUCCACAACAUGCAUCACUACACAGAAUUUUUCAAAACCAUUCGCCACCACGUGGCAAACGACACGCUUCCGCAGCUGUUGGAACAUCUAAUCCCUCAACAGUCGUUACCACCGUAUGUGCCGGAUAAAAAGGACAAAAAACAGGCACCCCUGACGGAACAGUUGGAAAAGCCCAUCGAGGAGGAAGAUAAAAACAGCAAAAAACAAAGAGCAUAGAGUAAUUAGCCUGCUGCGAUGAUCAACGCAUGUUGGACAAAAGCUUAAAAUAUUUGAAAGUAAAAAUUGUCCCGUUUUGAGACAUUUUCUGAUUUUUACCCUUUUACGUUACAUUAAUCAUGUAUCGUGCAUCUUUUCAACCGGAUUUGAAGGACAUGUUCAAGUAGUUUUUCCCGGAAAAUGUCAACAAUGUACUUUUAAACAAUAAAAUCACACAACUUAGGGAAUAUCUAAAUCUAACAUAUAUUGAAUCCUUUAAUCAUUUCUUUUUUUGUGUUUUACAUUUCCAACUUCAAUACCCGUCUCUCUAGCUCCCGAAAAGGCGACGGGAAAGUAGUAAAUAAUUUUUAUCUCCAUUUUUUAACUGC